AAUCGAUGUCAUAUUCAAAUUGGGUUACAUUCGAAUAUGAUUUACGGUUAUCAUGGAAACGAUUCCAAAUGACAAACAAACCCAUGACAUUCCAUGUAAACAAAUUAAUGCUUUCAAAACUGAUACGGAUCGAUGGACGAGUGAUGUGAUGAUAUUCGGUUGUUGUUUUUUUCUUUGGUGGAAAUGGAUUUCGAUUUAGACGAUCCGUUGGGUGAUUUAUUGAGUGAUGGUAGUAAUGAUAGCUUUUUUGGUACAUCGAAGAAGAAAACAAACAACGCAAAACUUUCAACGCAAACCACAAGCGAUACGAAAGCCAAAUCAAAAGUAGCCGAUCUAUUUGGAAUUGAAAGUGAAGAUCCGAUAAAAUCAACUGAAAUCACAUCGACAAAACCAAAUCCGAAUUUUGGAGCGGCAUCGAAAAAACCACUUCCGAGUACCGCGACGAAAAAGACUGAAGAAAGUGUGUUAAAUUCGCCUGUGAAUCUGCGACAAUCAAUCAAACGUUCGACACCCGAACGAAACGUACAACCAGCUAGUGUUAUACCGAUCGAUACACCAAAAAAGGUUGCCAAUGUGCAAAGUAAACCGAAGAAGACGCAAUUCGAUGAUUCGGACAAUUUUUUAAAUGAGCUCGGUUUCGAUCCGAAAAAUCCGCGAGGAAACAUUGGAAGUACGAAAAAAUCCAAUAUUCUCGAUGACAUUCUGAAUUUCAAUCGAAAUGAACCACCAGCUGUUAAAUCGGCACCUUCUGCACCGAAACCAACACCAAGUGAUACGGCGGACAGAAGAGGUCCCCGAUCGGCUGAGACAAAUCCAGGUGCUAACCGCUAUUCACCAUCAUCCAGACGACCAAGAAAUCUUCCACGAUCUGGAUCGGGUGGCUCCGAUGCUGACCCUUUGGGUUUAUUCACAUCACCGCCAAAACAAACGCAGGAGACUAAGAAGGUGGAAAGUGUCAAUGCACCUUCAGCUAGACCAAAGCUUUCAAAGAAACCAACCGUUGAUUGGCUUGGUUUGGACGCGGAUGAUGAUGUAAAACCAGAUGAAAUAACCUCAGUCGUGGCAUCAGAAGCGAUUAAACCCAAAACUGAACCGAUACAACCUCAAUAUCCAGUCGUGAAUACAACCAACACAGUUCCACCUGCACCUAUUGCUUCGACAGUUCAGCCAUUGCCAAUAAAUUCGCCGAUUAUUGCUGCUGCAACGACAGCCGAUACCAUUUCGGCCAAUCUCAAUAUGAUUAACAUGGCUUCAUUGGAUAAGGAGCAGGCAUUACAUUCUCUGCAGCAACAGGAAACGCAGCUACGCAUCGCAGCCCAAAUGAAGCAACAGGAAGGUAUGCUACAGGAUAUGCAGAUGAAACAACAGAAUUUAAUCAAACAACAGGAAAAUCAAUUCAAUGAUUUACUUCGACGCCAAAUCGAUCGACAAAAUCAAUUGGAAACGCAGAUUCACCGACAACAGGAGCAAAUCAAUGCAUACAUCAAUGUGUUGAUGAAUCAACCAAGCAUCGGUAUGAUAACACCAGCAAAAAUGGCCACUGGUAAUGACAACGAUAUCGAAUCUCGUCAGAGCGAUGAUGAAGUCUCGCGACCGAAUGUUAUUGAAUUGGAAGCGGAUGUAAAACGAUUAGAGCUUGAAAAGCUGCGCCUUGAAGACAUUCUACAAAGCGUUCAAACUUCACACGAUCGGGAACUGGAACUAUUGCAUUUGAGUCACAAGAAACAAAUUGCUCUGCUCGAAGAAAGUUUGGAAAGUUUAGAGAAGCGUCUGCGUGAAGAGAUAAAAUCAACCGAAGCCUAUCAUUUAAGCAAGAUUUCCGCUCUCCAAGCGGAUAUGGAGAGUCAACAGCAAAAAUACGAAGAAAAUAUUGAAAAAUUGAUGGGCGACUAUGAAAAACAGGUUGAAAAACUACGACUCGGCUAUGAACAAGACUUGGAAGCACUGAAAAACGAUCAGCGAUCGACGAUAGAAAAUAUUCGCCAAGCCAAAUUAUACGAAUUUGCAACACUACAGGAAUGUGGCUCAUAUUUGAGCACACUGAAAAGUGCCUCCGACAAUUUAGAGCAUGCCACCGGCAACUUGGAAUCGAUGCGCACCAACAUCACCACAACCAUUGAACGAAUUCAUGCCGAACGAGAAGUGCAAUUGAAUGCCAAAGAACAACGUUUGAAUGAGCAACAAAAAAGUAUCGAAAAAACAAUUGAAAAAACCGAAGAGGAACGAACUCACUUGAUUGAAUUGGUCAAAAGUCUGGAGAUAAAAUUGAAUUCGGUUGAACAAAGUUCAACGGAGGAGCAAUGGAGUCUGCGACAAAAAUCGGCCGCGCUCGAAGCGGAAAAAGUCUCUUUUGAACGAGAGAAAACAUUUACGCGAGAGAAAAUGGCCGCUGAAGAGAAAAGAGUUCAGGAGUUGAAAGAAAUGCAAUACACUGAACACAAGCGUCUCAUGGAAAUUCUGGAUGCAGAACGUGAGAAAAUAUUGGUUGAAAAGGCGAAGUUAGAAACCAUGGAACGCCUGAAAACACCAUCAAAUACGUCAACGAAACGGCAAAGUGAACUCGAUGCCGCCAUAAAAAUCGCACAGGAUGCGGCAAAGAGUGCUGAUAUCGAACGGGAAAAUUUCAUCGAGCAACAACGAAAGCAUGAACAGAAGAGACGUGAACUCAUGGAAAUGGAGAGCAUGCUUCAAGCUCAGCAAAGCGAGUUAGAGCUGAGAAUCAGUCAAGCAAAAGAUCAGAAGCAAGUAGCCGAGCAUGCAACCAAAACGUGUAAAUCCCUUGAGCAAAAAUUGUUGACGAAGCUCCAAAGCCUGCAGGAAAAUUACAUGGAGCUAACCGAACGUGAGGCAAAAUUGUCGCAGGCCAAAAUGGAACUAAGCAAAGAGCGAAUGGAAUUACAGCAUCUUCGACAGCAGUUGCGUCAAUCAAAGUGCAGUUUGUGUCGCAUUGGUGUAAAGAAUACCGAAAUUUCCGAAUUGGAUCCAUUGAAUGAUAUCAGUGCAAAUGAUGGGCCCUUAACGAAAUUCGAUUUCUUUACGUCAAAUUCAUUUGAUGGCCUGCAACAGCGUCUAUCAAAUGUCGAAGCAAUGAUUGAUGAUGUCAUUAUAAACGUUCCACAAUCGCCGAAACAUCGAAAUCUGUAUCGCAUCAAUCAAAAUGACAAUUCAUCAAGUGCAAAUUUACUAUCGAAAACCAUAAUCGAUCCAUUUUAAUUGGAUAUCAUGGACAGCUUCCAAUAGAUAUAAACGACCAUUUUUAUGAGAAUCGGUCCAUGGGGAGUAUUAAUACCAAUCAUUUCAAAUGAAGUAGUCAUGCGAUUUAAUCAUUAGGAAAACAACGUUUUGAGUAGUUUAAGCAGAAUAAAUUGAAUUCCUUUUCCUUUUUUGUUACACCAAUACACAAAACUUACCUUUUUCGUUAUAUUUGUUGCAUUAUAUCUCUUUUUUAACUCAAUUAUUCGUGUGUUUUUCCUUUAAAAAGACGAAAUAUUCCCCUUUGUCAUGCGUUAUUUAAUAAUAAUAUCAAUUGCCAUUUACAUUUAUUGUCAACUUUGUUGCGUUACAACUGUUUUAAAUAAAUUAAAUUCCAUUUCAUUUAUUGUAUCCUAUGAGAAUAAGUCUUUAAAUUAUCAGUAAAUUUUGAUUUAAAUUACGUUAAUAUUUGCAAUCGUAGUGUGUUUUGAGGUGAUUUUUGACACAAGUAAACAAAAAAAAACACUGCUCCAUGUGUUUGUAUCACUUAAAAAUAUUCAUUUGUUCAACUAUAAAUGGAAUACUGCUAAUUCAACCUAAAUCAUAAAUAAAAACUUAUGUAUUCAUUGUA